ACCGGGGGCCGUCAUCACCUCGGUGCGGCUUCCACUGGAGGAGACCAUCUCGCGGGGCAGUCGGGGCCGAACACUCCGGCGUCAUGCGAGCCGGCAGAGGGUUCGGUAAACGGAUACGAUCCCCGGCGGGAACGGAAGGUUCCGCGACUUUUGGACAACUCUGCGCAGCAACAGCACAACCUGAAGACGAACAGACGGGGUGGAUGUUUGUUUCACGCAGCGCAUGGCCUGUAUUCUGCUGACCAACAUGGACACGCCCACCCCCGGUCCCGCAGCGCCUCCUAACGGCACCCUGCCCGACCUCCACCCGGCCGCCGGAGUGGACUCCGAGCAGGACGCGGACGCCACCUGCCUCACCGUCUACCUGUACUACGUGGGGAAGGGUGGAGGAGAAGGCAACGGUUCAGAGAGCGCGCUCACGUUUCCGCCCGGGGAGUACGUAGCAGAGGAACUGUGCAUAAGUGCAGCGAAAGCCUGUGGGAUCGCUCCAGUGUACUGCAGCAUGUUCGGCCUGAUGAGGGAGAGUGACAGGAGAUGGUUUCCUCCUAAUCACAUCUUUAAACUGCAGCGGCCAGCCCGCGAGGUCCUGCACUUGAGAGUCAGGUACUAUUUUACCGGCUGGUACAGCAACGGCAAUGCGUUGAGCGCCCACCGCUAUGGCGUGUCCAAGGGGGCGGAGACCCCUGUGAUGGACGACUGCGUCAUGGCAUACCAGUUUCUUCAGAGGCGUAGUGACUUCUUGAAUGGAUGGGUGGAUAUCCCGGUGAGCCACGAGGCCCAGGAGGAGUGUCUGGGCAUGGCGGUGCUGGACAUGGUGAGGCUCGCCAAAGAGAACGCUCAGUCACCUGUGGACGUCUACAACUACAACAGCUACAAAUCCUUCCUGCCGAGAUGCAUGCAAAGCCGCAUCCAGGAGUACAACAUCUUGACUCGGAAGAGGAUCCGCUACCGUUUCAAGAAGUUCAUCCAGCAGUUCAGCGAAUGCAAGGCCACGGUGUGCAACCUGAAGCUGAAGUACCUGAUGAGCCUGGAGAUGCUGCUGCCCGCCCUCUACUCCGAGCGCUUCAGAGUCACCGACCUGUCGGAGCGCAAAGUCACCAUCGUCGUCACGGGCGACAAGGGCAUCCAGUGGUCCAAAGGGAACGAGGGGGAGGGAGCGGAGGAGGAGCUUCAAACAUACUGUGACUUCGCCGAGGUGAUCGACAUCAGCAUCAGACAGGCCAAUAAGGAGGGCUCAGCGGAGAGUCGCAUAGUUACCCUCACCAGACAGGACAACCAGAACCUGGAACUGGAGUUCCAAUCGCUCGCCGAGGCUCUCUCUUUCGCGUCAUUGGUUGAUGGCUAUUACAGACUGGUCGCAGAUGCCCACCAUUACCUGUGCAGGGAGGUGGCUCCACCGAGACUUCUGGAGUGCAUUCAGAGCCACUGCCACGGCCCUGUAUCGAUGGAGUUUACGAUAGCUAAGCUGCGUCGCUCUGGUAACCACCAAGGUCUGUACAUCCUUCGCUGCAGCCCCCGGGACUACGACAAAUACUUCAUUUCCUUUGUGGUCGGGCAUGAAAGUGUAGUGGACUACAAGCACUGCCAGAUAGUGAAGACGGAGUCCGGAGAGCACAUUCUGAGUGGUGCCAAGAGGAGCUUCGGCUCGCUAAGGGAACUUCUGCACUGCUACCAAAAGGAGGCGCUACGCACCGAUGGAUACACAUUCCAGCUGUCCAGGUGCUGCUCACCCGGCUUCAAGGAUAAAUCCAACCUUGUGGUGUGUAGAAAUAAUCAAGGUGCCGAUGUCCCACUGACUCCAUCGCCCCACAAACACGACAUCAGCCAGAUGGUCUUUCACAAGAUCCGAAAAGAGGACCUGGUCAUUAAGGAGAGCCUGGGACAAGGAACCUUCACCAAGAUCUUCUGCGGCGUGAGGAAGGAGGUGGGAGACUACGGAGAAAUACACACCAUCGACGUCGUUAUCAAGAUCCUGGACAAGGCUCACCGCGACUACUCGGAGUCCUUCUUUGAAGCAGCCAGUAUGAUGAGCCAGCUCUCCCACAAGCACCUGCUCCUCAACUUUGGCGUGUGUGUUUGUGGCAAUGAGAACAUGAUGGUGCAGGAGUAUGGUAAAUUUGGUUCAGUGGACACCUACCUGAAAAAGAAUAAAAGCCGCGUUAACAUCACCUGGAAGCUAGAAGUGGCCAAGCAGCUGUCGUGGGCGAUGCACUACCUGGAGGAGAAGAACCUCGUUCAUGGAAACGUUUGUGCCAAGAAUGUCCUUCUGAUCAGGGAGGAGGAUCGGAUGACGGGCAGCCUGCCCUUCAUCAAACUCAGUGACCCGGGCAUCAGCAUCACCGUGCUGCCCACAGAAGUUCUGGUGGAGCGCAUCCCGUGGGUGCCCCCCGAGUGCAUGGGAAAGCCCCACAGCCUGAGUUUAGCCACGGACAAGUGGGGCUUUGGGACCACCCUCUGGGAGAUCUGCAGCGGCGGAGACAAACCGCUCAGCACGCUGGACGGCUCAAAGAAGAACCUGUUCUACGAGGACCGGCACCAGCUGCCGGCUCCCAAGUGGACCGAGCUGGCCAAUCUGAUCACCAGCUGCAUGGACUACGAGCCCUCACACCGGCCCUCCUUCAGGGCCAUCAUCAGAGAUCUCAACAGCCUCUUCACGCCAGACUACGAGCUGCUGGCGGAGAGCGACAUGGUGCCCAACAGGACGAGGAGCGCCGGCUUCCCGUGGGCCUUCGAGAGACAGGAGCCCGUCCAGUUUGAGGAGAGGCACCUCAUCUUUCUCAAGCUGCUGGGCAAAGGGAACUUUGGCAGCGUGGAGAUGUGCAGGUACGACCCCCUGCAGGACAGCACGGGGGAGGUGGUGGCCGUAAAGAAACUGCAGCACAGCACCGCCGAGCACCUCCGGGACUUUGAGCGGGAGAUCGAGAUCCUCAAAUCCCUCCAGCAUGAAAACAUUGUUAAAUACAAAGGGGUUUGCUACAGUGCAGGACGAAAGAACCUGCGGCUCAUCAUGGAGUAUCUCCCCUUCGGCAGCUUGAGAGAUUAUCUCCUGAAACACAAGGAACGCUUCGAUCGGAACAAACUGCUGCAAUAUGCGUCACAGAUCUGCAAGGGCAUGGACUACCUCGGCACCAAGCGGUACAUCCACAGAGACCUGGCCACGAGGAACAUUCUGGUGGAGAGCGAGAUGAGGGUGAAGAUCGGUGACUUUGGCCUCACCAAGGUGUUGCCGCAGGACAAAGAGUACUACACCGUCAGAGAGCCCGGGGAGAGCCCCAUCUUUUGGUACGCCCCGGAGUCGCUGACAGAGAGCAAGUUCUCUGUGGCGUCGGACGUUUGGAGCUUCGGUGUUGUCCUCUACGAGCUCUUGACUUACAACGACAAGAACUGCAGCCCUCCCGCGGUGUUUAUGGACAAGAUAGGAAAUGAGAAGCAGGGCCAGAUGAUCGUCUACCAUCUGAUAGACCUGCUAAAACAGGGAUUUAGGCUGCCAGCUCCUGAUAAUUGUCCAAAGGAGAUUCUCAGGAUCAUGACAGAGUGUUGGAGCGGUGAACCGGGGCUACGUCCUUCCUUCAAGACAUUAUUCCACAGCGUGGACAGCGUACGGGACAGCAAGGACAGAUGAGCCACGUCAACCCUUUGACCUUUGGCCUUUGGCUGUGGACUCCUGGCAGUCAGUCCUUAAAGAGCUGGCCAGGUCUACAGCAGUGAUGCACUCGCUAGUCCAGACACAUCCUUGUUGUCUUUGGCUCCGUGUCCCUGUCAGACUAUUUUAGUUUUUCUUAAAUGACAAUGAUUUAUAGUGAUGUUACUUUCUUGGCAGUUUACUUCUUUCUAUGAAGAACACAGAUUUAUUUGAUGAUUUGUACACUACCUCUGACUCAAGGGACCAAACGAGAUCCAAUCCAGAUGUCUCUGAGAACAUUUCUUUGUGAGAUUCUUUUUCUCUUGUGUUUUUUGUACAAACCGAACGUGACGAGUCAAAGACUGCAGAAAUGCGAUGAGUUUUAUAUGACUUGUUAAAUCCUCAUUAUCAGGACCAAGAAGGUGGGAAAAUGUAUAAAUCACCAACAAGCAGCAUUUCAUCAGUAAAUGCUCGGCCCUUUGAUUUUUCAUUUGUGUUGUUAUAAAACGCACACUGAACAAAAGAAGCCAUUGCAGCCAUCGGACGGCACUCCUACACCUGCAUGCUGGUGCUUCGGCACUUUUAGGGACUUGAACCGAGCGCGGAUCCUCCAGCCGGGGGGACUUCUGCUCCAUAGUCUCCCAGACAGCCGUGGCACAGCGGGGAUGAAUGAGUGUUUAAAGGGCUGACAAAGCCCCUCCAGUCCUCGGUUAUACACGGUUAUUCGUCUAUAAUACAUUAGAGAGAACAAAAAAUGCAAAACCUUAUUUGUCAUAUCAUUGAUUCAUUGAGU